CUGUUCGGCGGUAUUGAUGGUGGUGUUUCAUGGUUGUUUCGACACUUUCGUUAGCACUACCUGAAGAAAAGUGUUUAGUUUCUACGUGAUAAUAAGCCUCAUCGCGUCACCUCUUCUGUGCUUUGCCAACGAUACUGUCAUCGUGCCGGCAUCGACUGGCAAGUGAAUCCAGCCUUUGCCCGAGCAAAUACCGCGGCUUCCGAAUAAUGCCACUUGGAACAUGGAAGCAGCUGAAGCAGUGAACGUAAACUUGAAAAAAGAAUUCAGUGUUGCAUCCGAGUUUGAGGGUCCUUCUUGUAGUGAAGCUACCAAGGAGUCUGAAGACAACAAGCAGAAUGAGAAUGCAAGCUUGAACUGCGAAGGCAAGGUUUUUCCAGAAACAGAAGGUGAUGCGAACCUUGUACCAAGAUUACCUGACAGUAAUGUUGUCAGUUCAUCACGUUCAGAGGCAUGCUCUGGUGGUACUGCCAAAGACAGCUGUGAAACUUUAGAAAGGUCUGGGGACCCUUCUAAUGUGCAAGCUAGGAAUGAAAUAGGAACACAGUUGAAGGAAGAAGUAAAAGCUGAAGAUGCAGACAUGGAAGCAGCUGAAGCAGUGAGUUUAGACUUGAAAAAAGAAUUCAGUGUGGCAUCUGAGUUGGAUAGUCCUUCUUGUAGUGAAGCUACCAAGAAGACUCAAGAGGAGAAGCAGAUUGAAAAUGCAAACUUGAACUGUGAAGGCAAGGUUUUUCCAGAAACAGAAGGUGAUGCGAACCUUGUACCAAGAUUACCUGACAGUAAUGUUGUCAGUUCAUCACGUUCAGAGGCAUGCUCUGGUGGUACUGCCAAAGACAGCUGUGAAACUUUAGAAAGGUCUGGGGACCCUUCUAAUGUGCAAGCUAGGAAUGAAAUAGGAACACAGUUGAAGGAAGAAGUAAAAGCUGAAGAUGCAGACAUGGAAGCAGCUGAAGCAGUGAGUUUAGACUUGAAAAAAGAAUUCAGUGUGGCAUCUGAGUUGGAUAGUCCUUCUUGUAGUGAAGCUACCAAGAAGACUCAAGAGGAGAAGCAGAUUGAAAAUGCAAACUUGAACUGUGAAGGCAAGGUUUUUCCAGAAACAGAAGGUGAUGCGAACCUUGUACCAAGAUUACCUGACAGUAAUGUUGUCUGUUCAUCACGUUCAGAGGCAUGCUCUGUUGGUACUGCCAAAGACAGCUGUGGGACUUUGGUGGAAAGGUCUGGGGACCCUUCUAGUGUGCAAGCUAGAAGUGAAAUAGCAAAACAGUUAAAGGAAGAAGUAAAAACUGAAGAUGCAGACAUGGAAGCAGCUGAAGCAGUGAGUUUAGACUUGAAAAAAGAAUUCAGUGUGGCAUUCGAGUUGGAGAAUCCUUGUAGUGAAGCUACCAAGGAGACCGAAGAGGAGAAGCAGAAUCAAAACGCAAACUUGAACUGCGAAGACAAGGUUUUUCCAGAAACAGAAUGUGAUGUGGACCUUGUACCAAGAUUACCUGACAGUAAUGUUUUUAGUUCAUCACGUUCAGAGGCAUGCUCUAGUGGUACUGCCAAAGACAGCUGUGGGACUUUGGAAAGGUCUGGGGACCCUUCUAGUGUGCAAGCUAGAAGUGAAAUAGCAAAACAGUUAAAGGAAGAAGUAAAAACUGAAGAUGCAGACCUGAAGCUUGCAGUUCAUUCAGGGCGGAAAAGAGAUAACUCUGCCUCCACACUGUGCGACAGUGAUGUUCUAAAUUCAGUUAUCUCUGAGCCAACUAAAGGCAGGUUAGUGACCUGGGAACAGAGAAAGAACUCUUCUGAAAGUAAAACGAAAGAAAUGGCGAAGCAGUCAGCAGGAGAGAAGUGUGAAAGUGAAGAUGAGUGUUCCCAAGGCAAAGUUCUCUCGAAGCUGGAUAAAGACGAUAUCCUAGAGGCCAAACCAUGUGGUGCCAAUCUCAGUGAAUCAUCUUGUUUUGAGAAAAACUGUAGCAGUGCCUUUAGUGAGAGCAGCAUGCACUCAGACAGUCCACAUGGCUCUUUUUCCACGGAUGUUGGAAAACACGCUGCAGAAAAAGGAGAGGAAAUUGAUAGGGAGGGACACAUCUCCUUUUCUUUUGUACCAAAGAGAGAGGCAGUGAAAGAAGUGGAGAGUGAAAAAGAAGAGCACUCUUCCUCCUGUGAAUGGGGAAAGCAGGAAUCCAAAAAAGAGGAGACUCAUAAUGAGGGACAUGGCUCUUCCACAAUAUAUCCCAUAAUAGAUGCCAUAGGAAAAAAAGAGGAAAAUGAUUGUGAAGUUCAAGAGUCUUCCUCAGUUGAACCUUUGAAGAAGAAAGCAGGAGAAGAGGAAAUUCAGCCUGGAAGUAAGCAUGACAAUCACAUGCCCAGUCUUCAAUCGUCAGUGGAGAAACCUGACACCAGUUCAUCUGAGUCACAUGAUAGUCAGACAGACGUACAACCAUCAAUUAGUUGUGAACCAUGUAGUCAAGCUGCUGAUGACCUUUUGUCUUCAAAAGAUGGCGAAAACACUUCAUUCACUGAGACAAGUAAAGAAGAAACUGAAGAAGAGAGUGAAGAUGAAGAUGAGCAGGAAGAGACAUGUCAUCCUUAUGUCUCACAGUUUCUUCAUCAUUACAUAAAGGUUGGGAAGUAUGUGCCAACAUCUGUGUCGAAGGCCAGAGAUUUUCGUAUGAGAAGGGCAGAUGCCGUAGUUGAAGCUCCUUCGUUGGUUACUCCCUUACUUAUAAAAAGACCAGACUACCUUUUGACAGAGGACGAAAAUUGUGAGGGAAGUAAGAAACAGAAAAAAGUGCUGCCUUUGAGGCAAAAUGUGAGCUCUGCUGAUGAGUUUUUUGAAAGUGAAAUUGGAAAGUUCUUCAUCGGUCUCGGUUUGAGCAGAGCACGUGAGGUGUGCAACCAAGAGGUGCUAAAGCUCAAGAGGCGCGAGAUAAAGAAAGCUCGUGGUCGUAAUCAAGAGAUGAUCGAUGAGUAUAAAGGGCUAAUAGAAGAACAUCGAAAAACUUUAAUAGCAAACUCUGCCUUUAAAUUCAAGUCCAAGUCAUGCAAGUUAUGUGAUUUUAAAACUGAAUCAAGCCUUGUUCUGGAAGGACACCUACUGACACCACAUUUGACAACACGGCGGGAGCUUCAGUGCGGUUUUUGUGACUACGCGACUCGCGAUAGCAAAGUGUUUGCAUUCCAUGUGGAGGCUAUGCACAACAGACAGGCAAUCCUAGAGCCUCCACAGCUGCAUCAUCAGUGCCCUUUUUGUCCUUUUGAGACCAACCUGAAAAUUAAGGCCACUUCCCAUGUUAACCGUUGUGAAAAGGUUUUUAGCUCAAGUCAGAAUCAGAGGCCCACUUAUGACUUUCAGCCUCCGGGAGUCACAGCUAAACCUCUUAAUUUUAAUAAUAUCAUGAACUACGAGGAAACAUUGUUUUCAUUAGGCCGCAUUGCUAAAGAUCCACGAAAAGGCUCUGGCGCGACACGUCAGAACGGAGCCUCUGCAUUGGUAGCGCCUCAAGGAAAACUGCCACUGCUAUCCAAGAAACGAAAAUCUGCUCACUUGCAAAAUCAAAGUCAGGAACAGAGCAAGUCUAGGUUGACAUUGAUCCAGCCAGAUAUUUCAUCAAACCAAACAUUCCAGGUUGUUGGCAAUGGUGCGGAGCUUAUCCCAUUGUACAAUGAAAGCAUCAGGCAGAUCAUAGCUGUUGCUCAAUCACCUUCCAACUUGGCUAGUUUGCGUACUGGUGCAGAGGAAGCCCAGCAAGGCACACAACCACAAACAUGUGAAAGCCCCAAGGGAACCAGCUCAACUGCACCCGUUAUAGCUUGUGAGAUCUGUGAUGGCUUUGUCAAAGACUUGGCGCAGUUGCGCUUGCACAUGCAUCGAACACACAGUGUGAAAAUCCAUCGGGCUACACUGUCCCAGCGCCCACCACUCAGCUGCCAAAAGUGUGACAGGCGUUGUUUCAGUGACCAGGGACUGGAACGGCAUUUGCUGGGGGCUCAUGGCAUGGUUACACCCAACAUGCAGUACAUGGCCAAAAGGGGCAGGGAUGCUGGCCGUUGUCCACGAUGUGGUCGCAUUUAUGCUGCCAAGCUGGUUUCCCACAUGAAAGAGGUGCAUCGAAUGACAGUAAGGAUGGCCACCCUAUCAUACAAGUGCCCUAUAUGCGAAGCUGUAUUUGCCAUGUAUGGGCAUUUUGAAAGACAUGUACGUAAAGUACACACUAAUAACAGGAACAAAUCAUCUGCUACAGUUAAUAAUGGCCAAACCUCCAAGAGGCCAUUAUCAGCCGAAGCUUCUACUCCCACAAUUGUUAAGUAUAAUUCCUCAAAGCGACCAUGCCUGCCUACAUCCUCUCCUUCCACAAGCUACCAGGCCAACUCUGUGAAGCGACCAUUUUCAGCUCCAAGUUCUAGUUCUGCAACUUCAAACCCCAGUGCCGCAAAGCGGCCAUUGUUGUCUCCAACCACUGGUCAUUUCAGUUCUGCAAUGUGUCCGUCUUCGGCUGGAGCACCUACUUCUGCUCUUACGAAUCCCAGUUACUCAGUGCGACCAUCCGUGGCUGCAUCCUAUUCUUCCUCAACUUCCCAGCUGGACACUGUGAAAAGGCCAUUCUGUGCUACAGACUCAACAGCUACAAACUCCUCUUCUAGUUUUACAAGACUGCCAAUCGUGGUUCAGACCUCCGAUAAUUCAAGUGCUAGUUCCAGUGCUGCAAAGUGGCCGCCUUCGGCUUCAACCUCUAGUCCUGGAAGUGCGGGUUCCAAUUUUGCCGCAAGACCGUUAUUGCCUGCAAGCACUACAACUGCAGUUACCGGCUCCAGCUCUUCAAAGGAGUCAACGUCAGGUGUAGCCUUCAUUCCUGCAACUGCACACACCAAGUCGCCAAUGUCGCCUUUCAUGGCUCAGUCUAGUCCUGUAAGUAUCCAUCCUGCUACCACAUCAAGACCAUUCCUGGCUGCAACACCUUCCGUGACAGCUGCUGGUUCCAGUUCAGCAAAGCAACAGUUGUUGAUGUGCCCUACUUCUGUGGUGAAUAACGCUGUAGCAAUUUCUUCAACUGGUAAGUUUAGUACCAGUGGGAAUGAAGUUACCUGCUUGCCGAUAGACCAACCUACAAAGCAGCCAAUUUCGGCUGUGUCAACUGGUGAGCUUAAAUCCAGUGGGAACCAAGUUAUCUGCUUGCCGAUAGGCCAACCUACAAAGCAGCCAAUUUCGACUGCGUCAACUGGUGAGCUAAAAUCCAGUGGGGAUGAAGUUAUCUUCUUGCCGAUAGGCCAACCUACAAAGCAACUAAUUUCGUCUGUGUCAACUGGUGAGCUUAAGUCUAGUGCGAACGAAGUUACCUGCUUGCCGAUAGGCCAACCGACAAAGCACGGAAUUUCGACUGCGUCAACUGGUGAGCUUAAAUCCAGUGGGAAUGACGUUACCUGCUUGCCGAUAGACCAACCUACAAAGCAGCCAAUUUUGGCUGCGUCAACUGGUGAGCUUGAACCCAGUGGAAAGGAAGUUACCUGCUUGCCGAUAGGCCAACCUACAAAGCAGCCUAGUUUGACUGUGUCAACUGGUGAGUUUAUAUCCAGUGGAAAGGAAAUUACUUGCUUGCCGAUAGGCCAGCCUACAGAGCAGCCAUUUUUGGCUAUGUCAACUGAUAAGCCUAAACCUAGUGUGAAAGAAGUGACCUGCCUUCCAGUAGGGCCACCUACAAAGCCACCCUUUCUGGCUAUGUCACCUUCUGAGCUCAACACCAAUGUGAGGGAAGUGACCUGUUUGCCAGUAGUUCAGCCUACAAAGCAGCCAUUUUUGGCUAAGGCCUCUGCGCUUACAGUAAAAGCUAAGACAACAGAUAUUUCACCUGUUGAAUCCAAUUCCAAAUCAAAAGAAAUCUCAGGUGCAUGGGCAGAGCCCACCUUUCAGUCGGUGCUGUCCAAAAUAAAAGUGGAAUGGGCAGAUCCCAUGGAAGUGGCCCCCUCUGCCUCGUCACAGCUAAAUUUUUUACAAGAACUUGUUUGGUGCGUGGCUUGUAAGAAAAGUGUGGAGGACUUCACAGAACAUUUGAAAUACAAACACAUACGACAGUGUCGUGUUCGUGUAUGCCACAUUGAGACGUGCGACUCGUGUCUGUCAUCAUUUUCUGGUCUGAAAGUGGCAAUCACAUCAGAUGUUGAGGAUGAAGAUAGUUCAGAGGAUGAGGAGGAGGAGGAAGAGGAGAAUGACAGUGGGAAAAAUGAAGCUGCUAGGCCAGAAACAAUGGUCCUUGAUCGGCCAUGCAAAAGUGAGCCGGUGGAUGUGUAAGAGGCUUGUUGCCUAAACAGCUGCUUGAGAGCACCAUGUGUCAGUGAAAUAGCAUGUCCAAUGUAUAGGAGUGCAUUUUUCAGGUUUUUCAUAGUUAUUCGAACUCUGGCAGUUGAAACAGAGGUUCUCAGACUUUUGGCUUGUCUGCAUUUAUAGUGCUUCCAUGAAGUUCCGAGGCAAGCGCAUAGGUUUUCAUAGAAGCUGUGCGCAUGCCCAUCAGGACUAAUUUAAACCUGGAAAAAACUAUCCCCUUGGUAGACAUGCUCAUCCAGUCAUUCUUGCAUAGAUGUUUGCUACUGCACACUUAUGUGCUGGUUCCGAGGCUAUUAUGUCAAGAUGCAGUGUUGCUUAUUCAUGGAAGCAGUAGCUAAAUAGUUGAAUUUAAAUGGACUGUAUUAAUCCAAUGACUCUGUAUAGACAUUGCUGCACUGGUAAAAGGGGGCAGAUAUGCACACAUUCAUUUAGUUCCUUGGGCUGUGAAAAUCAAUUCACAGUGUUUUCAUAGUAAGGAAUGGAAACCUCUGGCUUGAGAGCAUUCAAAGAACUGUUGGUCUCUGCGCUUCGCAAGGGAAUGGAGGAUACCUUCAUUGAAUUUUUAUGUUGCAGAUAUUGCCUUGAACCAAUACUACGACUUUGUUUAAAAUUGUGAUCGAUGUCGUGCACUUAUUAUCUGUUGAACAGUCUAUUUACAGUGACAGACAGAAAAUGAAUUGUGAGCAACGAAAAUAUUGUUCACCUUGCUCACUUUUCUUGAGGAUGUCCAUAUUGUUGAAUUUCAGUGUGAUGUGCUCUAAUUAAUAAAGCAAAACUAGCAGUUAUGUGUUGGCAUACUGCUUAUUCUAUAAUUUAUAAAACUCGCUUUUGUAGCAUUUUGCACUCAUCAUUGACACAGCAAAGUGAAAUAGACAUCUAAUUCUAUCUUUGUAAAUAUUUCAUUUUUUUUAUUUUUGUAUGAAUUAUCAGUUGUUAGUUCUACUGUAUGUCCAUCAAUGUGCAGUAAAUGGCAGCUGUAUUGUUUACUUCCUUCAAUUUGCUUGCGACGUCUGUAUGUGCUUUUGUUAAUAGUAUGCAACCUGCAAUUCUGUGUUUUCAUAGUUUUUGUGCGAUACACAAAUUUCCCCGUUGGAACAUUUCAUAUUCAUCAUUUAUAUAACAAGGGAGACUUCUUACUCCGCCUUCAUAGUUGUUCUUUUUCCAUUGUCAUGUAAAGGUAUAGUUGAGAGCUAUGCUACCUAUCAUGCUCUCACUUUGUCUAAUAAAGUAGCACACACUGCCUGAAAA